AUGGCACGCACACUCAGCUUCCUGCUGCUGCUUCCGGGGCUAUGUGGGAACUCCAUUUCAGGAGGGCAGCCUUCAUCCACAAACACUCCUGGGGAUUUGAAUUAUGAAUUGCCUACAGCAAAUUAUGAGACCCAAGACUCCUAUAAAGCUGGACCCAUUGGCAUUCUCUUUCAAAUGGUGCACAUCUUUCUCCACACGGUGCAGCCUAAUGCUUUCCCUGAAGAUAUUUUCAGAAAAGUCAUACAGAAGAUGUUUGAGCCCUCAGUUGAUUUCGACAAGGUCCUCAACUAUGAGAUAGGAAUUAUUAUAUGCGCUCUCCUGGGACUGCUCUUUGUCAUCCUGAUGCCUCUGGUGGGGUAUUUCUUUUGCGUGUGUCGUUGCUGUAACAAAUGUGGUGGAAAAAUGCACCAGCGACAGAAAGAAAAUGGGCCCUUCCAGAGGAAAUGCUUUGCAAUCUCCCUCUUGGUGAUUUGUAUAAUUAUAAGCUUCGGCAUCUUCUGUGGUUUCGUGGCGAACCACUCGGUGCGGACCCGGAUCAAAAGGACUCGGAUAUUGGCCAACAGCAAUUUCAAAGACUUGCGAACUCUCCUGAAUCAAACUCCAGAGCAAAUCCAAUUUAUAUUGGCCCAGUACAACACCACCAAGGACAAGGCAUUCUCAGACCUGAACAGUAUUAAUUCGUUGCUGGGAGGUGGAAUUCAUGAACGACUAAGACCCAGCGUGAUCCCUGUUCUUGAUGAGAUUAAAUCCAUGGUGACAGUGAUCAAAGAGACCAAAAAGGCCCUGGAGAGCACGAAAGGCAGCUUGCAGAGCCUGCGCGACGGAACUGCACAGCUUAGCAGCAACCUGACCGACGUGAAAGCUAGCAUUCAGAGGUCACUCAGCGACCCCACGUGCUCUGUGCACCCAGCAAGUGAAACCUGCAACAGCAUCAGAACAUCUCUGAGCCAGCUGGAGGGCAACCUCGACCUGAGUCAGCUUCCACCUGUGGACAGAGAACUUAACAAUGUUAAUAAUGUUCUUAGAACCGAUUUGGAUGGUCUGGUCCAAAAGGGCUAUCAGUCCUUUAAUGAUAUACCUAAGAGAGUACAACACCAAACCAAGAACAUCGUUGCAGAUGUCAAAAGCAUCUUGAAUUCCAUCGGUUCAAGUGUCGAUGAUGUAACCCAACAGAUUCCUAUUGAGAGUACGCUGUCAAAGUUUGCUGUUCAUAUUAACAACACCGAAAGUCGCAUCCACCGCAGUUUACACACAUUGGAAGAAUACGAUUCGUACUGGUGGCUGGGUGGCUUGGUCAUCUGCUCUUUGCUCACCCUCAUCGUGAUUUUCUAUUACCUGGGCUUACUGUGUGGCGUGUGUGGCUACGACAGGCAGGCUACCCCGACCAGGAGAGGCUGCAUCUCACACACUGGCGGCGUCUUCCUCAUGGUCGGGGUUGGAUUAAGUUUCCUCUUUUGCUGGAUAUUGAUGAUCAUUGUGAUUGUGACUUUUGUCAUUGGUACAAAUGUGGAAAAAUUGAUCUGUGAAUCUUAUGCAAACAGAAAGUUAUUCCAGGUUUUGGACACACCCUAUUUACUAAAUGAGAAUUGGCAAUACUAUCUCUCUGGCAUCAUAUUUAAUAAAUCAGAUAUUAGGCUCACUUUUGGACAAGUUUACAGUGACUGCAAGAACAAUAGAGGCGUUUAUGCCACUCUUCAUCUGGAGAAUCGCUUCAAUAUCAGCAAACAUCUCAACAUUAACGAGCAUACUGAAAGUAUAAGCAAUGAAUUUGAAAAUCUGAACAUAAAUUUUAAUAUUGUUUUGCUGGACACAGCAGGAAGAACCAACCUUGAAGAUUUUGCUGCUUGUGGAAUAGACAAAAUAAAUUAUGCCACCUACUUGUCUCAGACUGGUAAACACCCUGUGAAAGUGAAUCUUUUAUCAUUUGCAUAUGAUCUAGAAACAAAAGCAAACCAUUUGCCGCCAGGAAAUUUGAGGCAGUCCUUGAAAAGAGAUGCAGAAACUAUUAAAAUGAUUCACCGUCUACAGAUCAUUCCUAUGGAGCAAUCACUGGGCACUUUAAGGCAAAGUAUCAAGACACUGCAACACAUAAGCAAUGGAUUAAUGGACAGAAUAGCCAAGAUUCUUACCUCUUUGGAUUCUGCUCAGAACUUCAUCACAAACAACAUUACCUCUGUUAUUAAUGAUGAAACUAAGAAGUACGUGAAAACAAUAGUAGGGUACUUUGAACAAUAUCUGCUGUGGGCUGAGUUCUCUAUCAGAGAGAAGAUGGUGUCCUGCAAACCUGUGGCCACCGCUCUAGACUCUGCUGUUAACGUGCUUCUGUGUGGCUACGUCGUCAGUCCUCUGAAUUUGUUUUGGUUUGGCAUAGGAAAAGCUACUGUAUUUUUACUUCCGGCUCUAAUUUUUGCCGUAAAGCUGGCCAAGUACUAUCGUCGAAUGGAUUCGGAGGAUGUGUACGAUGAGUAA